AUUCCUGAAACUUAAAUAGAGCUGUCCCAACGGAGCUUCACUAUCUAUUAAUGUAAUAUCUCUCUCUUUCUCGCUCGCUCUCACACACUUCGUUCUUUAUAACCGUUACUAAUUCUCAAUCAAACCCUCACCCAAUUCCCCAAUCACCCUUUUAACCUCACAUACUCCAGUCCAAUCCAAUCCCCAUUCAAUUCCUUCAUACCUCAGUUUCCCUCAUAUUCCUCACGGUCACAAUUUUUUGUAUUCCCUUAAAUCCUGUACAAUUUAGGUCUAGAAUCUUUUAAUUUUUUUUUUUUAUUAAUUUGAAAUUUUCGUAGUCAUACAUACAUGACCGCCUUGUUGGUAUAAAAUCAAAAUGUUUGGAUGUUCUUCAUUAUUAAUGAUGUUUUAAUUUUUUUUGGAUUAUGAUUAUGUAAUUAAAUAAAUAGUGGAUUUAGCUAGGGUUAGGGUUUUUGGGAUUUUUUAAUUUUUUGGUUAUACGGUAAUGGAGAUGGAGAGCUCGCGUAGAUCCUUCGAUAGAUCGAGAGAGCCAGGGUUGAAGAAACCCCGAUUGGCCGAAGAGUUCCAGAAUCCGAACCCGAACGGCCGGGCUUUUCCGCCGCAGCAGCAGAGGCCGGUGGCGGCGAAUCCGGUGGUGCUGUCGAGGUACCGAUUGGGCGAUAGGGAUUCGGAGAACAAUGAUUCGAGCCGAGGCGGAGGGGGUUAUCAGCCACAGCUACCGUCACAGUCACAGACACAGCCACAGACGCAGUCGCAGCAGCAUCAGGAGCUGGUGAGUCAGUACAAGACCGCGCUCGCCGAGCUCACUUUCAAUUCGAAACCGAUAAUUACCAACUUGACUAUAAUCGCCGGCGAGAAUCUCCACGCCGCGAAGGCCGUCGCCGCCACUGUCUGCAACAACAUUCUCGAGGUUCCUAGUGAUCAAAAGCUGCCAUCGCUCUAUCUUUUAGACAGUAUUGUAAAGAAUAUUGGGAGGGAUUACAUAAAAUACUUCGCUGCCAGACUGCCCGAGGUUUUCUGCAAGGCAUAUAGGCAAGUAGACCCUCCUGUACACUCAAGUAUGCGACAUCUUUUUGGAACUUGGAAAGGUGUCUUCCCUCUUCAGGCACUUCAGAUGAUUGAGAAAGAACUUGGCUUCACUCCCGUGAUCAACGGUUCAUCUUCAGCAGCUACCACAACAUCCAAGCCUGAUUCGCAGUCUCAGCGCCCACCACAUAGCAUUCAUGUAAAUCCUAAGUAUUUAGAAAGGCAGCGCCUUCAGCAGUCCAGCAGGGCUAAAGGAAUGCCUAAUGACUUGAGUGGGGGUGUAGCAAACUCACCUGAGGAUGCAGAAAGGCUAGACAGAACAGCCACUAUGAGUGCAGGACGCCCAUGGAUGGAUCCUUCUGUUAGAGUACCUAAUGUUCAGCGUCCUAAUAGAGAUGCACUAAGUGGACCUCUUCAUGAGAAGAAUGUUAGUGCUGCAUAUGGAGACUACGAAUAUAGUUCUGAUCUUUCAAGGACUUUGGGCUCAGCAACUGGAAGAACUGGUGGGAGAAUUGCUGAGCAAGGACACGACAAACCUUGGUAUGGAGCUGCAAGCAGUGUUGUGGAGACAAUAUCUAGCCAAAAGAAUGGUUUCAAUAUCAAACAUGGGCUUCCGAAUUACCGAGCAUCCAAAUCUGCAUAUGCUGAUCUUCAGCUAAAGCCAACACAGAGUAUUACAAAUAGAAGCAGCAGUGCUAUUUCUAGUAGCUGGAAAAAUUCUGAGGAAGAGGAAUUUAUGUGGGAUGAUGUGAACUCCAGAUUGCCAGAUCAUGGUGCACCCACUAUCUCUAAUGACUCAAGGAAAGAUCCUAAUGACUUGAGGAAAAAUCGUUGGACCCCUGAUGAUUCAGAAAAAUUGGCAUUUGAGUAUGACCUUCGGAAACCACAUAGUUUUGAUGAUGUUGCAUCAAAGGUUAGUGAAGCUUCCAUUGAUUUGUUAUACAAUGAACAGAAGGAGUUAACCUCAUUUGGUCACCGAUCGUCAUCAUCAUUUCCAUUGCAAUCACACUCCAUUGAUGGGCUGACCCGUAAUUCCAGCCAAUCAGAAGGCUAUGCUGCUACUGUCAGUGGAGUGUCAACAAGCGUUCCUUCUUCACUAUCAAGGAUGGGAGGUCGACAGCAGAUAGGGUCAUCACAUAUUGGAGCCUCAGGCCUUGCGGUCCUUACAAAUGCUGUGUCGGGUUCCAGUGGAUCUGUAGGGCAGCAACAGUUUCAAUCUCUGGGAGUAGCAUCACCAUCUGCACAUUCACCCAUGCACCAGCAUCCUCCAUCGCCUUCGUUAACAGUGAACCCUUUGCAUCAUCAUUCGCUAAAUUUGACUGAGCAGGAUCAUCCACAGACUCAGUCCCUGCCUCGGCCUGAUUUAAAAGCUUCUCAACUUCUUGGGCGGGUGAAUAUGGGGCCUCGCAACAAAUAUACUCAGGACUCCUCACCUUUCCAGUCUCCAAAUGUUCAGCCAGGACAAUUGCAAAGGUUACAGCCCCGAGGCUUACAACCUUCAGUAACUUCUUUUCAAUCAAGGCAUCAUGAUCGACAACAAGCAGACUCCACACUGUCUGAACCUCCUGGUGAGAUUCGAAAGCCAUUCCUGCCUCCAGUAUCUGAUUUUGGAACUCCCUCAACAAUGGAAAAUUCUGAAUCAGAUCAUUCAAAUACUCUUGCUGCAGAAUCUUCAGGUCAAUCAAGCAGAGCUAAUUUGUUGGCUGCUGUUUUGAAGACUGGAAUUUUGUCUAACAAUUCAAUUACUGGUAGCCUACCUAAUCUGAGUGCCCAGGACAAGGGGCAAAUGACAUCACAGUCAGGUGUUCAGCCUCCCCUUCCAAAUGGACCUCCGCCAACCCAGUUUACAUCCUCAGGGCCCGGUGUUGUGUCAGCUAUUUCAUUAGGUUCUUCCCAUAAAAAGUUACCAGCUCCUGCAGAUGUAUCUCAAAGAAAGGUAGGACAACCACCUCUGCCACCUGGUCCACCACCUUCAUCUCUUGUUGAUAGUGCAUCUGCACAAACCUCAAGUGCUGUGAAUAAUGAUCCAAUUCCAAUUUCAAACCUUUUGAGCUCAUUAGUUGCGAAGGGUUUGAUAUCAGCAUCUAAGACCGAUUCACAAACUCUGGUCCCAACUCAGAUGCCUAAUCAAUCACAAAACAAGAGCCCAGACAGUACUACCACUAGCUCUGUGUCGGUUUCUUCAGUACCUGAUUCCUUGGCCAUCCCUGCUUCAACUACCAGGGAUGAGGUAUCAUUUUCAGAACCUGCCAAUAAAAGCUCUGUUGCCUUGCCUCAACCCACCACAAUGGAAAUCGAAAAUCUCAGUACUACCACUAGCUGUGUGUCGGUUUCUUCAUUACCUGAUUCCUCAGCCAUCCCUGCUUCAACUACCAGGGAUGAGGUAUCAUUUUCAGAACCUGCCAAUAAAAGCUCUGUUGCCUUGCCUCAAUCCACCACAAUGGAAAUCGAAAAUCUCAUAGGUUUUGAGUUUAAGUCAGAUGUAAUCCGAGAAUUCCAUCCAUCUGUGAUCAGUGGACUAUAUGAUGGCCUUCCUCAUCGGUGCAGUGUUUGUGGUCUUCGACUUAAGCUUCAACAAUGUCUUGAUAGACACUUGGAUUGGCAUGCGUUGAAAAUAUCUGAGGCAAAUGGUUUGAUUGGCCCAUCAAGGAGAUGGUAUACAAACUCAAGUGGCUGGGUUGCUGGGAAGGCAGGACUUCCACCUGGCAAUGAGUCUGCUGGUUCUGUAGAUGAGUCUAGUAAGACAACGGUCAUGGAUGAGCCGAUGGUUCUUGCAGAUGAAAGUCAAUGUGCGUGUGUUUUGUGUGGGGAGGUUUUUGAAGAUUUUUACAGCCAAGAAAGAGAGGAAUGGAUGUUCAAAGCUGCAGUGUACAUGACUAUGUCAUCUAGGGAGGGUGAGAUUGGAACUUCAAAUGAGAGUGCUGUUAAAGGCCCCAUUGUGCAUGCAAACUGUAUAUCAGAAAGUUCAAUUCAUGACCUGGAACUGGCUAGUAGUAUCAAAAUGGAAAAGGGUGUAUAAACACUUCGAAACGAGUUAGAGGCCGUCUUAUAGCAGAGAUUCUAUCAGUAGAAGCUGACAGUGGAAAUCCAGGUGUAUUAUACAUAGCUUAAACAUGCAUGGUCCUUGCAUGAUAAUUUUGUUGUGCCUCAAAAUGGUACUGAGAGCUGUUGAAUUCUUGUUCCUGCUCUCAUUUCUUUUUCUCUUUUUUGUUUUUCCAUUUAAUUUAUAGUUUGAAAAAAAUACAUAUAAUUGGCUGAUAAUGCAUUGCACCUCAGCUUUCUUCACUAAUGUGGUUGAUGUGUUCCUCUAUUUUUCUAUUUCUGAUUUUGUUCAAGCACCGGGUGGCUUUUCACUUAAUACCAGCUUCUGAUAGCAACACUAGUAUCGAAUUUCAAUCCAUGUCCAUGAAUUUCAACGCUGGCAGAUGGCCUCUGUAUCAUUAAAAUAGUAAUGAAGUUGCCUAUUUUUGUA